GGUCACGGCGGGAGGAGGUCACGAGGAUUUCCAGCUGGCUCACGUGUCGGGCAGGACGACUCUCUUCUGCUCGGCGACUUAGUCCCCGCCUUAUCUGCAAAAUACACAACGAACAAGCUUCUUACAAUUAAGUUGUGUUGUAACCAAGUGAGUCAAGAUGCGUUUGGUUAUCCUUGAUGACUAUGACAAGGCCAGUGACUGGGCGGCCAGGUACAUCAUGAACAGGAUCCUACAGUUCCAGCCCGGUCCUGACAAGUAUUUUGUCAUGGGGCUGCCUACAGGUAGCACUCCAGUUGGAACAUACAAGAAGCUGAUAGAAUUCCACAAAGCUGGGCAGCUGUCCUUCAGAUAUGUCAAGACUUUCAAUAUGGAUGAGUAUGUUGCCAUACCCCGCGAUCACCCUGAGAGCUACCACUCCUUCAUGUGGACAAACUUCUUCAAACACAUCGACAUCCUGCCCGAGAACGCCCACAUUCUGGACGGCAAUGCUGAGGACCUGGAGGAGGAGUGCAGGUUAUACGAGGAGAAAAUUAAAGAAGCCGGUGGUGUUGAACUUUUCCUUGGUGGUAUUGGUCCAGACGGCCACAUUGCCUUCAAUGAGCCCGGCUCCAGCCUUGUAUCCAGAACGCGAGUCAAGACGCUGGCGAAGGAGACCAUCAUCGCUAACUCUCGUUUCUUUGGUGGCGACUUGGGCAAAGUGCCAACCAUGGCACUGACUGUGGGCGUCGGCACUGUCAUGGAUUCUAGGGAGGUGAUGAUCCUGAUCACAGGAGCCCACAAGGCCCUGGCCCUGUACAAGGCUAUAGAGGAGGGUGUGAGCCACAUGUGGACUGUCUCUGCAUUCCAACAACACAGGAAGGUCAUCUUUGUUUGCGACGAGGAUGCGACCUUGGAGCUGAAGGUCAAGACGGUGAAGUACUUCAAGGGUUUGAUGCACGUCCACAACAAGCUGAUCGAACCCAUCGAGAAUGGACCAGAGAAGAAGAAACGAAAAGUGGACGAAGGGAUCAGUAAUUGAAGACAAUAUUGUCUGUACAUCUAUGAGGCAGAGUGACGUUGAGUGGCUGUGAAGCUGCUGUGCUAUCGUAGAGAGCUGUAGUGGUGUGGCGCAUGGGCAGGGAAGGAGCUGACUGACAUCGAUGGGAUACUUUAUUUAAGGCCACAACAAGUCAACUUGUUGGUUUUGAGAUUCAUACAAAUAAUGCUGAACAAC